AACGAAUUUUAAUUCUUGUAGAAUAACUAUUAUUUUUUUAAAGUGAAUUAAAAGAAUACUUAAUAACAAAUUAUUUUCUUUAGUUUAAAGUAUUGAAAAAAGUGCAGCUUUCUAUUUAAAGAGAAAUCAAGUACUUGUUUUUCUUUCAGACGUUUCUUCUUGACGUGUCACAUUGGAUCAAUUUUUAGUUAAAAAAUACCAUUCUUGAAAGAUGCCUGGGUUACAGAAAAGUUUACGUUACAUUUUUUAUUGAGAUUUUUUUUAGUUUACUAGUGGCGUUAUUUAGUAGACAAGUCAUUAAAAAGAUUAAAAAUUUUUAUUCAAGUGAAACGGUUCAUUUAAAAACACACGCUAGUAUUAAAGUUAUUUAAAUUUGGAUAGUAAAACAAAUCCAUUCAUGGUAGAUAGUAAUAUUGCAACGGCAAGCAGAACGGUAGUACCGAUAGAGGGUUCAAAAAAGUAUACCAGUGCUGAAGUUGACAGCUGGACGCCAACCCAAGUCCAAUACAUCACAAAACAAGAACAAUUGACACCCACCAUGCCUCCUCUCAUUCAUCCGACUAUAUCAACAAAUCAUUUUCAAUCGAACCAUUUAAAAAAUGUCGAGUUUUCCCCAAAUGUCGCACAUCCCUUAUAUAGGAUGUACGCACCCUCCUCUGGAACAGUAUCACAACCUUUUUCUUACCCUCAUCCGUCGAGUUUAUCAACAGCUGUUCCAUGUCCUUUAGCCUAUCAACCAGCAUCGAUGUAUAAUCCCCAAAUGAAUACAACAAAUUAUUGGUAUUCGCAUCCCACACAACCGUUUCACUCCACAAUGAACAAGGGAGUUUUUAGUAAAACAAUAAACGGACAUUAUUCAAUGAAUCCCAAUUGUUGUAACACAGAUUUAAAAGAACCUUAUGGAAAUACUUAUAGUGCACCAAUGAAAUACCCUUUACACACUUCGAGAAAGUCAAAUUUAAAGGCAAUCGCUCGCUAUUACGAUGAAUAUAUGAAUUUUGGAUCUCAAGUUGUGCCUUGGAUUUUUGGUUUCCUUAAAUCUUGUUGCCUCUUUCAACCUUUCUCGGAAUCCAAUUCUUCAAUAAAAAAUCGACCUUUAAAUGAAUCUCAAUUUCAUGUUGAAAAUGUUUGUGCUGAAUGCGGUCAAGUUGUAGGAAAACGUGAUUUAUUGUCUCAGUCAAUGAUAACAAAACAACCGUAUACCGAAUUUCCCUCUACGUAUGACAGUGAGAAGAAUACUUCUGCAACUUAUUACGAAGGGUACGAAGGGUGGGAUAUUUGUGUGGAAAAGCGUGGAGUCACGAAAAGUCUAUCGACUUGUAAGCCAAAUUUACCUUUUUUUGAUGUGGCUCCACCCCGUUGUUUUAAACAACCCUUGCCACUUUCUUCACGUAAUAAAAGACAGGAAUCGAAAGUAUUAAAAGAUACUUGUUUUGAAAAAGAUGACAACGGGCGUAUUCUUCUUCCUACUUUUUCAUAAAGCAUUUCAAUUCAAAAAAUAAUAACAAAUAAUAUAUAUUGUUUAUGUUGUUUAUCAACUUGGAAGUAUCAAAAAAAAAUAUUACUGCUAUUACAAAAAGUAAUAAAAAGAAAUCAACUUUUUUUAUUUAAAGAAUAACAAGUAGCAUUAUUGAAAAACGAGUUGGUACUUGAUAAAAA